AUAAUCAACUUGACACCGAUGUCAAUUUUUCAAGUCAUUUCAGAUACAACAAAUGCCUUUUGUAUAAUAAUGUGAUCUUGCAAUCAAAAUUAUUAGUUCCUAAAACAUGCCUUCAAGGAGCACAUUUAAGUCAUUAUUAAUAGAGACAGCAUUAUUUAUUGGCUUAUUUGUUUUGGCAGGACAUCUGAGUAUAAAUUUUUGGGAGCGUUAUGUGAUACAAUCCGAGCUAUCUCUUAUGAAAUGUAGUCUUCAUUCAUUGAAAGAUACAAUAAAUAAUAUCGGGAAUGCGUACGACAAUCUACAGAAAGAAAUAAACGCAAUUCUAAAAACAGAAUACAUUGGUACAAAAUUAGAUAAAUUGGAGAAGAAACAUAACCAGAAACAAUUCUUGGAUCGAAGGAGGCUACACGAAUUACAAAUGCAAGUGAUUAUUGAUGCUAAGAAUAAGAAACAUAACCAUUAUUCUGUGCAAGAAGAAAACGACAGUAAAAAGCCGAUUAGAAAUGCUACUACAAUUACUCGUAAAGCGCUAAAACCAACAGCCGUUGGAGAAGAAAAAAAAUAUAACAAAGACCUUCGGGUAUUAAAAUGCGAUGACAAAUUUGAUAAAACUCAGCAGUGUAAUGAUGAUCCUACAAUGGGACAGUCCAGAUUUUAAACGUAUAAGUAUAGUAACGAUAUCAUAAGUACUUACAGCUUAAUAAAAAAAAAGGAAAGUUGAUUUCGAUGUAAAGCAAUAUCAUUCAAAAUACUUUUUGUAUUGAGAAAAAAAGCUGUUUUGUAAUGAAAAUGUUUUUAUUUGUAAUAAAGUGAUCAAAAAAAUCCA